AAAUAAUGUCUCUGUGCCUUGUGGACGGGAACUCUGUGACCGAGAUUUUAUCUCCUUGAAGCUGUGUUUUAAGUGAAUCAAAACUUUCAAGAGGAUGUCUUUCCGUAAGACGUCUCGUCAGAAAGAACAAUGUGGCCUUCGUUAGGACGAAAUGUUCUGUUGGAGAUGCAAUUUUUGGCGGUAAAUAUGGCGAGUUCGUUGACCAACGUCACCAAGCAAAACGCUGGCAGUGCGACCGCAGCGUCGAUUCGAGGCAACCCCGGUACUGCAAAAUCCACCAUGGCUACAAAGAAGCGAAACAACAAGCUUUCAAAGGGGAGAGUGCAAGCGGCAUUUGAUGUUCGUCCGAAAUCAACAACAGCAAGCCUUCCUGACAGAACCUCUUCCCCAACUCGAAAGUUGACCACUUCCAGCAGCGCAGGCAACGUCAACACGAAGCGUAACGUCCGCCAGCACCGACUGAGAAACAGCCAGUCGGAUGCAGGGAUCUCAAAGUCCUUCCAGAAGUUGACAAUUCAAGACAGGAAAUCAGCAUCGAGUGCCCAGUCAUCUCGUCGCAGUAGCUCAGCGGCAAGUAGCAGUCACGUCUGUAAGAGCUUGGAGGACGUGGCUCGCUGGAUCCUGACCAAGAAAAGCCACAACAUUGUCGUCAUGGCCGGGGCUGGCAUCAGCACUCCGAGUGGAAUCCCAGAUUUCAGAUCCCCGGGAUCUGGUCUCUAUGACAACCUGCAGCAGUACAAAAUCCCUUAUCCCGAGGCCAUAUUUGACAUCGACUUCUUCCACCGUGACCCCCGACCUUUCUUCACCUUGGCCAAGGAGCUUUACCCGGGGAACUACCGGCCAAAUUACGUCCACUAUUUUGUCAGGAUGCUGCACGAGAAGGGAAUCCUCUUACGGAUGUACACACAGAAUAUCGACGGCCUGGAGAGAAUGGCAGGGAUUCCAGCUGCCAAGCUUGUGGAGGCUCAUGGGACAUUUGCGACAUCAACGUGUACGCGAUGCGGAGAGAAAUAUGACGGGGACGACACAAAAGCAGAGAUCAUGAAUGAUGUGACACCAAUUUGCAAACAACGAUCUUGUAGGGGUAAAGUCAAGCCGGACAUUGUCUUCUUUGGUGAGGACCUGCCGAAGAGGUUCUUUUACUAUCUGAAGGACUUUGCCCAGUGUGACCUCGUCAUAGUCAUGGGUACUUCGUUAGAGGUCCAGCCCUUUGCGGGUAUCGUCAACUCGGCCAGGGGGUACGUUCCCAGGUUGCUGAUCAACCGGGAGGCGGUGGGCCCCUUUGCCCGGCCGCGUUCAGGCCGCUUCAAUGACGUCGCGGUGACAGGAGACCUGGUGGAGUGCGUCCAGCGGUUUGCCAGGGUUUUAGGAUGGAAGAAGGCCCUGGAGGAUUUGAUCAAGGAGCAGGAAGCUGUCUUGGACGAACAGUUUGGACCAAGGAAAUCCCCAGAAUCCACAUUUGAAAAUGAAGAAGACAGGAAAGCGGGAUCAGAGGGAGCAGAUGAAGCAGCCAAUAGUCAGCCUGCUAAGUUAACACCAGGGGGGUUGACCAAUCAGAAUCCCAGAGGUGGUUUCCGUGGUUACAGAGCCAACAGCUGCCAGUCAGUGGACGCCCUGAAGGGGGGUGCUGCUAAGUCUCCUUUAAGAAACUUUUACACCGUUUCAGAAACCACGGCGCCUCUGAAUUCCCUCUCCAAGUCGCACCCCUCUCACAAAGUGGAAGGGUCCACCGACAAGAGAUUUGCAUUACCCAGACUCAGCUCUAGACAGCCAAGGCGGCAGGAUAACUCAAACUGGAGGGGUAAGUCAUCCUGGCGUAGUGAUUCCUCGGAUAGCAGUGAUUCGUCUGAAAGUAGUUCCGAAACGGACUCCAGUGAUAGUUAGCGGUUUGUCCUCUCAAAGGACUGAUAGAUUAAGUACCUGCAAGUUGUCACGUGUUGCUGUUGAUGUUUAACCCCUUGACGAUGGGAAUUUGUUUCCGAAAGCCGACUCGCUUGGCCACGAAGGCCACCUGCCAAACUGCAAA